AAGAUCUGGCGGACGGAGGGGAGGCAUCUCCGGAGCAGAAAUCAUGUUCGGGCUCUCCAGGAUGUUCGAAGACGAUCCUUUCUUUCGGGAUCCAUUGAUUGCCCAUAAUGAACAUGUACACCGUUUCUUUUCUGAACCUUUUGGACGAGAUCCAUUUCUUGCAAUUGAAGAUAGACAAGGAGGUCUACAUCAAAGGGGACAUCCCAAUUCUCAGAUGGCCUUGAGAGACAAUGACAAGGCGAUGAGCUGUUCCCUUAUGCCUUUUAACAGUUUUGGUGGCAUGGGAUCAAGUUUUCCAUUUAUACCUUUUGGCACUUUUGGUGGCAUGGCCAUGAGUUUUCCGCUUAUGCCUUUUGGCUGUUUUGGUGGCAUGAACAUGAAUUUCAGGAAUCCAUUCUUUGCAAUGGACAGAAUGAUGUCAAACAUGAGAAACAAUAUGAUGGAAUUGCAAAGAAAUUUUGAUAAAAUGGCGCUUGAUCCAAAUGCUCAUUCAUACAGUUCUUCUUCAGUGAUGACCUAUUCUAAGAAGGGUGAUCAACCUCCAAAAGUUUUCCAAGCUUCUGCCCAGACACGGAUUGCUCCAGGAGGGAUUAAAGAAACCAGGAAAGCUGUUAAAGAUUCUGAAAGUGGGUUGGAAAAAAUGUCCAUUGGUCAUCACAUUCAGGAUCGUGCUCAUGUAAUUCAGAAGGCAAAGAACAACAAAACUGGUGAUGAAGAAUUGAAUCAAGAAUUCAUUAAUUUAGAUGAAGGAGAGGCUCAUGCAUUUGAUGAACAAUGGCAGAAAGAGAUUCUGAAAUUCAAGCCCUCUGGAGGAAGAAACAAUGUAGAUUCACCAAGACAUAGAAGUAUUCAUCAUGUAAGCAAGGAGGAUGCUCCAAGGAGGGAGAAGGUGCACCCAAGAACAGCAGUAGAAGGACCUAGGAGGCCCACAUCUUCUAUUGAAAAGCUAAAUGUCAAGGGAUCACAUGUUCCUCUCAAAAACAGCAAAAAAUAAAUUGUGUUGCUUUUCAUGUUAAUCUGGAUGUUUUGGGAGAGGACACAAUAAUUCUGGAUCAACAAAUAAGACCAAGCUCUCUGUUUCUAGCAUUAGUGACUCUCUUUUCUUUGACUACUGAAUGUUUGUGUCAGUUUCAGCUCCUUGGUAACACUUGGCUCUGAGCAGUAAAUGAAAAACACUGAUACUGAAAAAUACUUUAUGGCUUUUUUUUAAUUAAAAAUAAGUGGAAUGUUAUAGCCAUUUUCAUUAACACCACCUCUAACUAGUAUGGAGACAAAGUUAGCAUUACAAAGAUAGUACCACGUUUCAAGAACUUUAAAUAAUGUACUGUUUGUAACUCAAAAAGCAAUAGUGGUGUGUCUUUGGCAAAGUGCCAAUCUUUCAAAGUCUAGAUUACAAAGGCAUUAGCCAUGGCAUAAAGAACCAUUAAUGCUUUUCAAUUUUCGUAUUAUUUCUGAAGUCUACUCAGAAUGAGUUUUCCCCAUAAAUUACAUGAACAGAAUCAGUAACUUAGUUACAUUUUCUGUGGAUAAAAACAAUAAAGACAUGAGUCUGAACGGAAGCAUUUAACUAAGGGGGCUUCCACCACCUUUGAACAAUAUUUAACCCAAUCCAUUUUGGUCUAUUCAGAUUUGUAAAAAAAUAUUUUUAUUCUGCUUUGAUUGAAACUUUUAUUCUAAAUUAUUUUAAUUCUACAUUCUAAUCAUAAGGAAAUUAUUUUAAUAUAAAAAGUAAUUUUUACAAACAGCGAUUUAUAUUUGGAAAAUAUUUGUCUUAGGAUUGGGUCAUAUCAACAGCAACUUAAAGUUCAUAGGACAAAUAGGAAUUCAGCAGAGAAAGUGGUAACCAAAGCCCAUUUCAGUUUCCAUAUUCUGUACUGGAGCAAAAAGGUACACAGCUGACAUCAGGUGAUGGAGAAUUUCUGAAUUACUUAUCAAUGCAUCUUAAGACUGUUUUUAGUGCCACUCUCCUUCUUUCUCUUGAAGAUAUUUUCCUCUUGUUCACAUUUUUGUUUGUUUACUAAUUAGUUCAUUUUCAUGAUGCUGAAGGGGUAAGCUAGAGAUACAAGUGGCUGAGCUCAUGCAAGUUUAGAAUUUUGCAGUAGGGAAUACAAAAAUAGAGAUCUGCUGAAUGUAGUUAUCAAUGUAAAGAUUCACAGAGCUCCCAUUUUAAGCAAUUCAAAUUGAUAAAGCAUUUUUUAAUGUAAAGUCAUAUUAAAACUAGUUGGGUAAUUAUACCAGGCUACAUGAAUAUUUGGAUUCACUGAUUAUCAAGGCUUGUCAAUUUAGAUAUUGCUUCUCUGUAGGAUAACUGGGAAACAUUACAAUUUUGAUAUCUGAGCUUCUAUGUGUUAAAAGUUCUAAUAUUAUAAUAUCUUAUUAAACAUUUACUAAGUAAAGUAUCUGUACCUCUGCUCUUUCAAGGUAUGUAGCUUAGAUAUAUAGAUAUAGAUAUAUAUAUGUAUGCCAUUCUUCAUACUGAAUAUACACUAUGCUAUAUUAGAUUGGCAAUGUUAACUUUAAUCAAAUCCUCAAAUUUCAUAAGAGCGUUCUUGAGUAACAGUUGUCACUUUUUUUGAUAAUAAAGAACUAUUC